CUGGACAGAUGACUCACUUCCCGUUCAUCUGCAACACCCCCAACAGAUUUAUUUAAAAAACAACAACCAGGAAAUCAAUGUUUCCUGUCGGUGCAUGUUCAGAGGGUAGAAGCUGCAGCUGUUUCCAGCUCUACAUCAGAGAUGCAGUCCUUACUGACUAAACUAGUUUCUGGGAAGCUCAGCACCUACGCUGUAAUCAUUCUGAUGUUUACCUACAGUAUUUUGCUUGACAGGGAUUUUCCGUGUACUUGCAAACCACAAGUAAAUGACUGCAAUUUAUACAUAGGUCUGCCUGUUGUUUUUAUAUUUCUGUUAAUACUCUGGACAGACAGGUCAUUUCAGAGAGUCUGUAGAUACCAGCGUUCAGGUGCAUUCGGAUGCUGUGGCAGUUUUUUGGGUUAUUCCUUGCGUAAGAUUGUUAAAGCAGCUUUAGUCGGUGUGCUUUGGGUUGCUUUUGUGUUAAUUGAAGCAGACUGGUAUGUUUGCUGUAAGAAUUAUAGCACUGAACAGAUAGACUUAGCCUGCAAAGCCAAGGAGAAUAAUCUCACUGAAGGGGAGCGAGUCUCCGUCGCUGAACUGAAAAGCAAGUCCAGGGCUAUUGGUGGCUCUCUACUGCUUUGUAUAAUUUUUGUGGCAUCCAUUAUGCCACUGUAUAGAUGGAGUAAAUGCUGUGAAGACUCUGAAAAAUACUUUAAGAAUGAAAAACGAUUGUUGGUGGAGAAGGAAAACGCACUGAAAGAGAUUCUGAAGGAAGUAGCAAAAGAAGAGAUGAAUAAAGUCAAGGAGGAAAUACGAAGUGGACGAUGGAACAAUGUUGCUGAAGUACUGAUUAAAACAUCUGCUGGGGAGCAACGAACAGAGAACCAGGAGCAGCAGCAACAUCCAGAGCAACAACAGGAUCAGCAACAGGAGCAACUCAGAAGAACUGAUCCCACCCAGCCAAGCCGUCCUGAAGCAGCAGCAGGGGAACAGGAUAUUCCGCUUUUGUCAAUGAAGUCAGGUUCCUCAAACCAGCAGUGAAGAUGGUCUACGAUGGUUUCAUUUACACAACAUGCUGUUGCUGUAAACUUGUAACAUUUAUCAUUUAUUUGCUUCAAUUAAUUGCAUUGAUGUUUCUAUUGUGAUUUAUAUUUUCUAUAUUAUAAAAGCUUUUAACUCCAAGUAUAUUUUCCUCAUUUCUGUUUACUUUAGCAAGUUUCAGUCUCUUAUCUCAGAUUAAAAAUGCUCCUAGGAGAAAAAGACAGCACAUCUUGCUGAGCAAUACGUGUCACCAUACCAAAACCCGAGGACACACACACACACACACACACACACACACACACACACACACACACACACACACACACACACACACACACACACCCAGUGUCAGAAGAUGUGCUGAAAUGUAAGUGGGAAGAUGGAGGCUAAUCCAUAACAUUACUUUUAAGUGGGGAUUGAAUAGGAUGUACUGUAUAACUUAUAUAAAUCAUAUAUAUCAAUCUCACUGAAUGUAAUUCAGUUACUGUUAAUGCUAUGCUGUCCAAAUUAUAUUUUGAUGCUUUGGCAGCAUUUGUCCUGAAACUUUGGCACCAAUAAAGCUCCUUAAUCAUG